AAGCUUGCCUUUUCCUUCGAUGACUACACCCCAAGAGGAGGAGCGUGAAGCACGUAGUAGGCGUCAGAAUCCUCAAUUUCCAACUUAGCAUCCUGGCAGGACAUUUUCCCAAGCAAAGCCCCCAUCUGAAGGCAAAAAACUUCUGCACGGCACGAGAGAGCGAGACAGCAAGUGAGCUAGAAGGAAAAAGGGACCAAGACCAAAAAAGCGAAAGCAAACACAAGCGACCAGCCGAACUGCUGACAACGACCAGUUAACACGUUUAAAGUCUUAUGUGCUCGUUGGUAUUCUCAUUUUAAACUGCAAUCACAUCGAAAGGGGACAGACGUGAGUCUGUUGAUUCAAGACUCUAUGACUGAGCACGGAGAGUGCAUGUGAGAAUAGAAGGGAAAGUGCGCAAGUUAGUGGCUUUUUUUUCGGGGUUUCACGAUGGCGUAUCCUCAGGGUUACUUGUAUCAGCCAUCCGCUUCCCUGGCACUGUAUUCGUGUCCGGCGUACAGUACCAGCGUGAUUUCGGGACCCCGAACGGAGGAACUUGGAAGAUCAUCCUCGGGGUCUGCUUUUGCUCCUUAUGCCGGAUCUACUGCGUUUACCACCGCUUCGCCUGGCUACAAUUCCCAUCUGCCGUACAGUGCAGACGCAGCGGCGGCUGCCACCUUUACUUCAUAUGUGAGUUCGCCCUACGAUCACACCUCCGGCAUGGCUGGUUCGAUAGGCUAUCACCCGUACGCUGCUCCCUUGGGUUCCUAUCCGUAUGGUGACCCUGCUUACCGAAAGAACGCGACUCGGGAUGCCACUGCCACACUCAAAGCGUGGCUUAACGAGCACCGGAAAAACCCGUACCCCACCAAGGGUGAAAAGAUCAUGCUGGCCAUUAUCACCAAAAUGACCCUCACUCAAGUGUCCACCUGGUUCGCCAACGCCAGGAGGAGGCUAAAGAAAGAAAACAAGAUGACCUGGACACCUCGGAACCGGAGCGAGGACGAGGAAGAGGAUGAGAACAUUGAUCUGGAGAAAAACGACGACGACGAGCCUAACAAGCCUUCAGACAAGGGAGACUCGACAGAUACUGAGUCGGACAAUAAACUGAUAAACCCAGGGGACAUUUGCGACAGAUUCAAAGAUGAAAGUCAUGUGAAGGAAAUGGAUCCUCUUUUAACCAACACGGAAUUAAAAGAGUCAGAGGACCGGACGGAACUGCUGCCCGAGUCGGCUAAGCCCACCACCUCCUCCCCGUCUACUGUGCCUCGGGGGAAUGAGAUCAUUGCGCAAGAGAAGCAGUCAGAUUUGGGCCACGCACCGAGCACAGUGAACAGCAACGUGACGUCUGUUAUCCAUUCGCCCCCGUCAGCCCCCAAACCGAAACUUUGGUCUCUAGCCGAGAUCGCGACAUCCUCAGACAGGUGUAAAGGCAGCAGCGAGGGCCCGCAGGCCACGGUGAUGGGUCAAAGCACAGUAAUCGCGACCAACGCUGCGUCGCCAUCUCGAUCAUCAUCCCAAUGUCCCCUCCCAAAUAGCACGGUUCUCUCCAGGCCCAUCUACUACACCUCCCCCUUUUACCCCGGUUAUACGAACUAUGGCACUUUUGGACAUCUUCACAGCAAUCACGGAUCCAACACGGGCUCUACGCCACACUUCAAUGGAUUAAACCAGACUGUAUUAAACAGGGCCGAGGCUCUGGUAAGAGAGAGCAAACUCAGAAGCCAAACACAGGUAGAUCUUUGUAAAGACUCCCCUUAUGAACUAAAGAAAGGUAUGUCAAACAUUUAAUACUGGAUUACUCCCCAGUCACCCGGACUAUUAUUUAUUAUUAUUUGUGGUUGCAUAAAAAAGGAGAAGCAAGAAAUAAUUAUACUGUUAAAGAAAAUUCUGAGGACAGUUAUUUUCUCAGUAAAUGCUUACCCUCAAAUCUUAGUUUCUGAAUGGUUAAUCCAAAAGAUGUAACAACUAAGAAUUGUCUUAAUCGCUGCAGCCGCCUGAGUCUAUUUGUAUUAAAGACUAAUGUAUAUUUAAUGUAGCAUUUUUGUAUUUAAAAUGGACAAUACACUAUCUUUGAAGUAAAUUAUGAAAAAAAAAUACACGUGUGCAGCGAUUGCUUUGGGGAGAAUAUUAUUCAUUGUCUACAGUACCUCAGACUCAGACAAGAUACAUUCUAGAGAAAACAUCAAGCGUGCAUUGAACUUGCACUCUGUAAAGACGUUCAUGGAUGAACAUUCAGUCGGUUUAGGGCAUGCGCGUCACGAAACCUAUGGGUUAAUUAGUUGAGCAACUGUUCUGCAAUACAUGUAUCACUAGGCACAUCAAAGCAGACAGGCAAUCAUGACCUAAUAUGAUCUGCAGUAUUGUGACAAGACUGGUAUUUGUUGUUUUGGUUACCAGAAAAGGCUGAUUACUUCCUCAUCAGUGAAUUAGCAAAAUAUUUUCUGCAGGUGAAUAUUGAUAUGACAACAAUACAACACCGGCGAAGAAAACUGUCAAGCACUCAUUUAACCCAAUUAUACGUUAACCGCGUCGUGUUUUAUGCAAAGCAAUCAGGUGGCGAACUCGGGUAAUGAGUUCGAUUUUAUGCCAAAUUUAGACCUCAUUACGAUUGCCAAGGCGUGGCAAUGCUGUUAGAAGGGCGCGUCAGUGCGUUUAUGGCAUCAGAGUAGGCUUUGGAGCAUAAGGGGUUUGUUAUAUCAUUAAUGGUAGGAGAGUCGUAAUGGUGCACUGAAUAUUAAAACGCUGAUGAUUUCAAGAACUGUGGCCAAGGUGCCAUGACCAGUAAAAUGUCCCACUGGUAGAACUGCAGGGCCCAGAGCUCGGCUUUAAAACUCUUCCCAUUUCCGCAGGUAGGUGUCAGACUUGCUCUUAAUUUAAAGGGGUUACUCUUAAUCGGACAUUGCAAAGGCUGCCUCUUCAGGAUACACGACACAUUGGGCUAGCAUCAAGAGCGGUUGGAGGGGCAAUGUCAUGCAACACCCAAAGGGCGUCAGUUCCCCAAACCACACUGCACUGCGGGGGGGCAUACAUGUUUAUUUCGAUUCCUCAAAAAUCCGUUCGUUAUUGACGAAUUGAUCAAAUACACCUUGCGUAUCGACGAUUUACAGAAUAAUCAGAAAGCAAGAAUUCCCGGCAUUAAAAACUAAUUUGGCCUACUCAGCCACUGGCCUAAUGACUGUGGGAUUUGAAUAUGGAAAUUCGCCACUUAUCACU